AUGCCUGGAAGUCAACAGGGACAAGGACAACCUGAAAAGGCAACAGAAGGAGCUUUCCUCAGUGAAGAUGGAGAUAGUAGUUUAAAUGAAAGUACUUUCCAAGAAGGAAUCCUCAUAAGUAAAGGGGAAACUAUGGGCACAGGCUGUGGGAAAAGCCUCCACCAGAGCUUUGAGGUUCUAGAGGAUGAGAGUGUGGAGACAGGGGGACAUCAAUAUAAAUGCUCAUCAUGCUGGGAAACCUUCCACGACAGAACCCACUUGGAUGCACAUGAGAGAAUCCACACUGGAGAUAAACCAUAUGAAUGCACAGAUUGUGGGGAAAGCUUUAGCACGAGCUAUGGGUUUAUUGAUCAUAUAAGAGUACACACAGAGGAGAAACCAUAUAUGUGUUCGGACUGCGGUCAGCGCUUCCAUCUGAAAUCAAACCUUACUGCACACAAGAGAACCCACACAGCAGAGAACCCCUACGAGUGCUCUGAAUGCGGGCAAAGCUUUGGUAAGAAAUCACAUCUUGUCACGCACGAGAGGACCCACACUGGAGAGAAACCCUAUCGGUGCUCAGAUUGUGGGAAGAGCUUCAGCCAGAAAGGAAAUCUCGUUUCCCACAUGAGGAUCCACACAGGGGAGAAGCCAUAUAAAUGUUCCCAGUGUGGCAAAUGCUUCUCUCAUUGCACUUCGCUGAUGAUGCAUGUGAGAACUCACACAGGGGAGAAACCUUACAAAUGCUCCAUCUGUGAAAAAAGCUUUGUCAACAAGGGAAACCUUGUUUCACAUGUGAGAAUCCACACAGGGGAAAAGCCCUAUGAAUGUAGAGAUUGUGGGAAAAGUUUUAGCACCAGCUUUCAGUUUAUAGAGCAUAAAAGGCUACACACAGGGGAGAAACCCUACAUGUGCUCAGACUGUGGGCAAAGCUUCAAUUCAAAAUCAAACCUUAUCACACACAAGAGAACCCACACAGGAGAGAAGCCCUAUCAGUGUACUGUGUGUGGGAAAGGCUUCCGGGUUAAAUCAUCCCUUACUAAACAUGUGAGAAUCCAUACAGGAGAGAAGCCCUACGAAUGUCCUGAGUGUGGGAAAAGCUUCAACACUAGCUCCCUGCUUGUGAAUCACAAAAGGGUUCAUACGGGAGAGAAGCCAUAUAAAUGCUCAGGAUGUGGGAGAAGCUUCCGUCAGAAAGGAAACCUUGUUUCACAUAUGAGAAUCCAUACAGGGGAGAAGCCAUACCGGUGUUCUGACUGUGAUAAAAGCUUCAUUGAUAAAAAGUCGCUUAUUAAGCACAAGAGAACCCAUACAGGAGAGAAAGCUUAUGAUUGUAAAGAUGGUGGGCAACGCUUCAGGUGCAACUCAGUGCUUUCAUAGAACAGUAUAAUUCAGUGGGCCUGACUGGACAAAGCCUCUCCUUGGUCUGACCUACAAAUGCAUGGUAGGGGGGGAGACUACAGACUUCGUGCUUCCCCACCUCUGACAUCACCAGCUGUCCACAUGGGACCAUAUAUUGAAAUAUGGAUGUGUACCUGGGUUGAAUUUGUGUGGGCAGUACCCAGAUAGAGUGUGGUCCAUUUCUGGCCUACAUUGGUCAUAGAAUUGUAGAGGGCAAAGGGACCCCCGAGGGUAAUCUAGUUCAGCCCCAUGCAAUACAGGAAUUUCAGACAGCAUCGGAAAUACUGUGUAUUUCUGGGCUGUGCAUUGCCCAAGUGGGAUGUCUCUAGAGGAGGGGUCUGGCAAGGGGUCUGAAAAUCCCCCUUCAGGAAUAGCUGAAACAUCCGGGUGUGCUUAGCCUGGAAGAUUGUGGGAAGAGAGAGAUUAUACCAGUCUUCAAAUAACCACACACAAUAUGGAACAGGCUUGUUUUCUGUGGCUCCAGAGGGCAAGACUUGGGUGGAAAGUGCAGGGAAGCAGAUUUCGGCAAAACAUUUAGAAGACCUAUUCCACAUUGGGACAAAAUUAACCAGGAGGUGGUGCUAGGGUUUUUAAAAUCUGAAAUUAGAUACAGUGGUACCUCUGGUUGUGAAUGGGAUCCGUUCCAGAGGUCCAGCCGUAUCCCAAAGUUUUCACAACCAGAGAGACCGCUUCUGUGCAUGCGCUCGUGGUAGACCUCUUCUGAGCAUGUGCGAGCGACUAAAUACUUCUGGGUUUGCCGCUUUUGAAACCCAAAGUUUACGUUACCUGAGGAUAACAUAAUCUGAGGUUCCACUGUGUCAUCUGAACCUGUGCACCCUGGAUAUUCCAAUGUUACUUUCUACCUUAACUGUCAAGAGGCAGCACAUGCCUCUGAAUACCAGUCAGUUGCUGGAAACCACAGGAGGGGAAAGGGCUCUUGUUCUCGGGUCCUACUUUUGGGCUUUCCAUUGGGGCAUCUGGUUGACCACUGUUGAGAGCAGGAUGCUGGACUUGAUGCCGCCCUCUUUCAGUCUUACGUCACACCACCACCAGCUACACAUGUGGGCAAGAUCAGGGAGAGGUAUUGUCCGAUCUCGUUGUGAUGCCACAACACGUCCCAUUAGAGCAGCCUUCCCCAAGCUGGUGCCCUCCAGAUGUUUUGGAUCACAGCUCCCAUCAGUCUUAGGCCAGCAUGGCUGUGCUGCAUUAAGAGGAGGGCAAGGGGGGAACUUCUGUUGCCAUUUAGAGCAGGCAUCCCCAAACUGCAGCCGUCCAGAUGUUUUGGCCUACAACUCCCAUGAUCCCUAGCUAACAGGACCAGUGGUCAGGGAAGAUGGGAAUUGUAGUCUGCGGUGAACUGCAGAACAUCACCCCUGGAGGCGCACUCCAUUGUCUCUCGAGACAAGACAGAUGCCAACGCGAGUC